AACCAACAGUCCCUCACCCCCUCUACCUGAUCUGAACUUCAGCCACCCUAAAUUAUAAAGUGGGUAUUCUCCCUCUACACCACCGAACUGAGAAAAUACAAAGUAACGCGCGUGCAGCCAGCGCAACCCCUUGGAACCAAAUAACCAGUAAUCCCCUCCUUUCCCGCCGCAGCCCCCGUCGUCGUCAAAUAACUGCUAACUCAAACCCCUCAGUGCUCCUCAAAAAGCUCCCGGCUCUCACUCUAUUCCUAACCCUCACUCACGCCGCGGCAUUCUCCAAUCCCCUUCCUCCACCUGGCACCGGGGAACUCGGAAAGCGCGAUUGUGUUGCAAACGGCUGCCUGUGCAACCCCGAUCGUGGGACCGGGGACUUCUGUGGGUAUUGCCAGCCCCUUCAGGUCGAUUGCCCAAAUGAGGCCAUCUGUUACACUUCCUUGUACCACUGCGGCGACGGUGGAAGGUGCUGUACUUAUGGGCAGGUGGCAGAGUGUGUGUCUGGGCAGCGCCCAUGUUAAAACAAGUCUUUUUCUAUCUCAACGAUAGAUUGAGAUAUAGGGGGAGGGAGAUAGGGAUUGUCGUCCCAUAAACGCUUGUGUUUCUCAGCUAGUUUUAGGGGGAGACUUUCGGACCCAUCUUGUAUAACUUGAGCUAGGUUUCGUGUUUGGCGUGCAGGGGAUUAACAUAUGUCGAAAUU